UUGGAGGGAAGAUAUCUUGAAAAGUCGAGCGAAAUGAAAAUGGCAUAUGAUAGCGGAAAGUGCAAUUAUUGAAUUGCCGUGGAGUUCGAGUAUGGAUAAGUAUGCCAUGUUGCCUCGUCCCGGCUCUUUUCCUACAGUCGAGCACUUCAUUUCUAUUUCUUGCAAGGCCACUCACUCUAGCAAGUCACUGCUUUGUGAAAGUUUGAGAAGAUUCUUUGGCCACAAUGCCUUCUUCCGAGAAUAAUUCACUAUAUGCCUCAGCGCAAAAGAACCUGCUCGUCUUUGGAAGUAGCUUCCUUCCAGACGUCAUUGUUAAGACCUCUGGACUUUACUUGUACACGGCAUCUGGCAAGAAGAUCAUGGAUUGGACAUCAGGUCAAAUGUCCUGCUUGAUAGGACAUGGCCACCCAGCUGUUGUGAAGACAAUCACGGAACAUGCUGCCAACCUCGACCACUUGUACAGUGGCAUGCUUUCCCCACCAGUCAUACAACUAGCUGAGAGGCUGGCCAAUGUUCUGCCCGAUGGGCUUGACAAGGCUAUGUUUCUCAGCACAGGUGGUGAGAGCAACGAGUGUGCGAUAAAAUUGGCAAAAAUGUAUACAGGAAAGUUUGAGAUCGUAGGACUGGGUGCAUCUUGGCAUGGGUCGACAAGUGGAGCCAGAGGUGCGCAAUAUCAUGCUGGGAGAAAGGGGUAUGGACCGAUUGUACGUCCGGGCAUGCACAUGCUACCCUCACCAGACUCGUAUCGCUCAAUCUUCCGAAACAAAGAUGGUUCUUAUGAUUGGGAGACAGAGCUUGACUACGGCUGGUCGCUCAUCGACAAAGCAUCAGCUGGCUCACUGGCUGCUGUGAUCAUGGAACCGAUACUCAGUUCGGGUGGAAUGAUAGUCAUACCUCCUGGUUACAUGGCUGCUAUGAAAGAGCAUUGUCGGAAGCGAGAUAUGCUCUUGAUCGUUGACGAAGCUCAGACAGGGCUUGGUCGAUGUGGCGAUCUCUUUGCAAUCCAAUACGAAGGUGUGGUGCCGGAUAUCCUGACAUUAAGCAAGACAUUGGGAAAUGGACUUCCACUAAGUGCUGUCAUCACGAGCAAUGAGAUUGCCAAGGUGACAGAGGAAAGAAAUUUCAUGUUCUAUACCACACAUGCUAACGAUCCUCUUCCUGCUGCCGUUGGACUUACAGUUUUGGAUACUGUGAUUCAAGAAGGUUUAGCACAACAAGCAAAGACCAUCGGACCACAACUACAUGCUGGUUUGCAUCGCUUGAUGGAGAGAUAUGGCUGUAUUGGAGAUGUCAGAGGACGAGGUCUGAUGGCAGGGGUUGAGAUCGUGAGUGAUCGCGAAACAAAAGCAGCUGCUAUCGAAUUCGGAAAGAAUUUGAGUGCGAGAAUAAUGGAGCUGGGGCUCUCUGCGAUUAUAUCAGCCAGGACAACGUUCUCUGGCUGCAUUAGGAUUGCACCACCGCUGACUAUCACAAAUGAUGAGUUGUCUGAGGGUUUGGCGAUCUUCGAGGAGGCUCUGAGGACUACUCAAGGUUCGAUGCCGCUGUACUAGGUGGCUAAAGACAUUGCCAACAUCCAUAAGCCGAGGGGAGAUUGGGGUUUCGCAUUCCGCGACCUGCUUCUGGUGAUGUUUCGUCGAACGUGGUCGCUCUUAACAGGGACAGGCUAUACUCUUACAAUGCAAAUGAGCACUGUCAACUCUCUUCCAUCGGCCAAUGCAACUGCAAGAGUAACGUCUAUCCCUGCGUACCGAGACGCCCCCUGUAACGAGACAAAUCGUAGGU